UCUGAAUGUUUGAAAGUUGUUUGGAUAUUGUUUGUUUGGCGUCUCGCGUUGAGCGCGAGCGGCCAUUUUGAAAACACCAUGUUGUCUCCAUUAUACCAAACAAGCUACCAUUCAGAGAAAACUCAGAAUUCAAGAUCCAAAUUCAAGAAUAACCCUUGCAUAAUCGAUUUUGUCUGUAAAAAUACAAAGGGAAUUAAAAGUAAACAAGCGUUAUGCAAGAGCUAAUUUUGGAGGGACGCGAAGAAAGCAAAAGAAACAAAGACAUACCCCACGCUUUCCCAUAACUGCUAUUAAUAUCUGUGUGAAAGAAGCGUGGAAAGUAUGAACGCCGCCGGCAACAACCAAUAACAACCCCAAAUAACUUUUAACUACAUUCCAUAUACACCAUACAGCUAUGCAGUCGUUCUAAUUUAAUCAGAUCGCAGCAAACUUUCUCGAGCUUUCGACGACAAACGUUUGAGACGUGAAUAAUGCGCAACGUUUCGUCACCUUGUCAACCGACUAAUCACAUUACCGCAUGUUCUUCAUAACAUUAAAAAACAACUCGACUUCCUUCUGCAUUGAACUGACAACUCAAUUUUUCAACUUUUUUAUUUAUGUCCGAAUUAACUUGAAACAUUUGUUAGAGGAAUUAAAGUUAUUAACUGCACUUUCUGUGCAUCCCAAGUUCAGAUGCUAGUUGACUCUUGUGACGUCAUCACAUUUAUUGUCGGAAUUAUGACUCAAAUCUCAAAUUCCCAUUUUCCUUGUCAUGCAACCGCAAUUCGGCAGUGUUUGCUUGUGAAUGUUUGAAUUUGAUAGAUGCAAUGGGAGUGUGAGACUGAUUAUUGCGCAUUGUUAUAUUAUCAAGGGUUUCUGAUAAGUUUUGCCGGUUGACACAGUUCCGUCACGCGAGGAAACCAUAACCGCAGGAAGUGUUGCGUUGAUGUGCGGCACUGAGAAACAUUCGAGACAUUCAAAACAGGCGACCAUCGCAAAGACGGAUACGGAGCGUAAGCGGUCCCCAACCGGACAGCUAUGUCCUAGCGCCAGAGACAUGCUCGUGGUGCUUUUGUGCUGCAUGUUGAAGAUCGCCGAAAUGUCGGGCGGCAUGGGCGGCGGCGGUGGAGACGCAGGUGUCGCCGCCACUGCUGCCUCCGUCGUCCGACAGAAAAGACGGUACAGACAGCGGAGGAGAUUCCGAGGCAAAGGAGGCAUGAACGAUGUCGGAUUGGGUCGGGGUCUGGCGCAUAGCCCGGACUCCGACUGCAAUAGCAACCAUCCGGGCAGCGGGAGUGUGCUCAGCAACACCUCCUCACAGGACAUCGACUUCAUUCAGGACAACUCAGAUUACCAAUGGUUUAUCGACUUUAGUUAUAGGGAUAAUCACCAUACAAGCAUACUCUCAUUGCCUGAGUCCUACGAUGCAGGUGAUAUUGCCAACUAUGAAGCCUUGGCGAAAAACAUGGACGCCAAUCUGGCCGAGGCGGAUAUUGAGUCCUUUCGAACUGAGGAUAUUCAUGCCCUCCUCACGAACCUUCCGCCCAUGUGCAGUGAACAACUAAGUCAAGAAAGCCAUAGACAAGGCGAAAGCUUUGCUAGCGUGUCCGGUUCCAUGAUGGGCAAAUUUGAUUUCGACAGUUCAAGCCCACAUAGCAGUAGCCAGGACGAUUCGGCCAACUCCACGUCGAUGUCAAUCUGCAAAUCUGAAUUACUCUUCUCGCCGGUGAAGGAAACACCCAUGCCCGGAGCGAAUUUCAGCGUAGAUUCGCUGGAUUGCGAGUAUAAUGAUCACGACAUCAUGCUCACGUGCCAGGCGAAUAAGGACAACUACACCAUUGCCUUCGAGGGAUCGAUGACUAUGUACUCAGAGGAUAGCGACUAUCAUUUCGCAGAUAAGAGUGAUACGUCGGGAGGUGGUAGCACUCAUUGGGCUGAAUUAAAGCAUCCGCUGCGCCAUCUUAAGACCCAGGAUGUUUCCAUGACGCAAUCGGACACUGGCUUCACGACGUGGAGUAAACUCAAGAAGCGCUGUUGUGAGAAUCAACUAAGGCGUCAUCCCUCCGGUAAUAAUAAUCAGUCCGUGGACGCCCAACAUGGCUUCUCUGAUGCUGGCUUUAAGUCACAGAGUAUGCCCAACUUGUAUAAGCAAAAACUGCGUAGUAGUAUCACCGCGCAGUACCAGCAAUAUGAACAGCAGCGACAGCAAAGAAGUCAGCAUCUGAGUAACAGCUCGGUGGAAUGUUGCACGAUUAAGCGUCGGCCGGUUAAAGUCUUCGAUAUUCAACAUCAGGUGCACUCUAGCAGUGGCAACAGCAUGUCGGAUAUGGCGACGAGUAUCGACGCCAGCAGCAGUGCUGAAUGUAAAGCUCCCAACUUUAAUCUGGUCAAACUGUUUAUGAAACAGAAGAGCAUCAGUGCUGAAGGAAUGUCGACAGGUUUAGAUCAUUCCUCAUCGCAGAGUGACAACUGGCCGGCAAGUCAAUCGGACGAGAGCAACAUAUCAAACGCUAAUCAUGCGCCUGGACCACCCAAAGAAUGUUUUGAAGAUAGUCUGCUGAUGGACCAACGCCCACCGGAACCAUUGCGAACGUAUGAAUCUAUCUUAGAAGAAGAAGAAUCUCGAACGGAUGCUACUGAUGCAAUUGAUGGUUCCAUGCUAAGCAACAAUAAUGGUAGCAUGGAAUAUGAGAAACGAUUGAGGUCGAGAUCAACUAGCACCAAUGGUAAUCCUCGUCGCAAUAAUUCAAUAUCCUCCUCUGGAGGUUCUGGCAGUUUCACAAAAUCUGCCAAACUGAAGGUGCCCAUUCAUUUGAUGAACAAGAGCAUUCAAACCUCACAAUUUGAAACAAAAUCAGCCCCGUACAAAUUAAACACCACUACAGCCCAUGGUAAAGAACCCUACAGAGUUGUAGAGCCUUCAUUUUUGAAUAAGCUCAAACAAGAAGGUGAAGUCCAUAAACCGGUAUACAUUUUGUAUCCGAAUUAUGUAUUGCCUGAUUUGGACUUUCUGGAGAAGGAAGAAGUUGCAAAAGUGUUCUUGAUGCCGCAUAAGAUGCAAAAGCCAGCACCCAAGUCGCGUCCAUUCAGUUGCAAUGACCUGGAAACAUUGAAACGCAAAGGUUUUAAUCAUGUCCAAGAUUGGGAUUCGUUGAAUUUCCUUCUGCCUGCUGAAUGCAAACAGAUCUUAAGCGACGUUCCCGAGAUUGCUCAUCAUUUACGAACCCAUGGAGCUCGUCCUGAAAAACCAUCUUUUGCGAAAUUGAAGCGUUCUUCAAGACCCGUGAGCUGCGAUUGCACUGGCUAUGAAAGAGCUGGGAGUGCUGAACGCACCAAUAUUUCCUCCAGUAGUAGUACUGGCACUGGCCCGAGUUCGGGAUACAGAGGUUCGUCUUCUCAACUCAGCGAAAGCCAAAACUCUCCAGCGCCUCAGAAUAAUUUCAAUCCCUUGUUUGUCUAUCGUUACGAUUCAGUGACGAGCAGCGAGGCGAGUUUGAUGGGAAGUGAAAAGCGUUCGAUAACCACUACAGCACCGUCUACCGCUCCUCCUCUACCAAAACGAGGCAUCAGCCUCCCGGAGACGAAAGAAGUUGCCCCACCUAGACCUCCACUCCCAAGAGGAAUACUCCGAAAAGGAAUCGAGAAUAAGUUGAAAGCCGGCCAGACUAAGCGUUACUCUAUGUUUGAGAUGAACGAGGACGAUAUCCUGAAUGAAGUGCAAAAUAAACGCCACUCACUGCAGGAUGCGUACCUGCCUAGACACAAACGCCUCAGUGAGACGGAAGAUGAAGGAGUGGAUGCAGGCACCUCUAGUAGUAGUCUAGACGAACCCACGGCGUUCAGAUCGCAAUCGCCUCUGAUUAAACACGACGUGCUUUUCCAAAAUAUCAGCACUGAGGAACUAGUGCAAUUGGAGGAAUUCCUGAAGAUGAGUGGCAUUUCAACGUCCGAUUCUGAUGAUAUUAAUGAAGAAUCCAUGCUUCAACUGAGAUCAUACGUGAGCAAAUUCCUCUCACUGAAGAUCAACCAAGAUCCAAACAGGAAAUGUGUAAGUUUCGCUGAGAAAGUGAAUGUCCUCCCGAAAGCGGUGCCCAACAAUUCACCGAAUGUUUCUGCUUUGCUGCAACAACGACAUCAACAUGGCAAGGCAUUGGUUGAUAUGCCAAUUUGUGAGGAAGGUGAAUCAACACCGGAAAUGUCCAACAGCCCAGCGCGUAAAAACUCCAAAGCAAGUUUAAUUCAAGGCGUCUCCGAUGCUGUCGAGAAAGUUAUCCAACACUUUUCCGCAGCGACAAAUCAGACCGAAUUGAAUCAGUUGGGUGACUCCCAGGUUAACCCGCAAUGUGCGAAGGCUGCGUUAAAUUACUUAUGCCCCGCUCUUUAUGCGGUGUUAAGCGAUGGGUUGAAGCCCAACUUGGAGACAUCAUUUGGCGCAAUUGGAAACUCUGUCUGGCAGGUAGUGGAAGCAUCCGCGCAGCAAGGCCCGCUUACCAAAGCGCUCAAUGAACUGGUAAUGCGGAUCAAUGGCGAGGAUGUCAUCACUGAGGGUGUGGUCAAGUUCAAUGCAUUUGUGUUUGGCUUGCUGAAUGUACGCUCCUUGGAUGCUUGGUUUAGCUACAUGAGGACACGAGAGAGUGUAUUGAAGAAGCAUUACGAAGCGGAUUCGCUACUGUUGAUGUCACAUACUGGUGGGGCUAGUAUCAGGCAGUUGCUUGAUAGUUUGAUCACUUCUCUGCAACCAUUGGCACUGUUUCCGUUCCAGUUUGAUUUACUGUUUGAGUAUCGGCAAUUACAUGAGAGUCUGAAACGUAUGGAUUCGUAUCAUCAACCAACCAGUCCUGUACACAAAUCAUGGAAGCAAAACUCUUCUGAGUCUGAUGAGUUGUCCACGGCGACAGCAAUUCGUAAAUAUUCCUUUGACGGAAACAGCACAGAUCCAUCAGUGCCGGAUUUACUCAACAACUCGGCAAAUCACCGCUCGCGAUCUGACAAACCUCGUCCACGGUCAUGUAUAGACCCUGGACUCCUAUCAGCGAAACCCACAUUCAAACUUGGUGAAGAUGUGAAUAGUGCUUUGAAAAAACGUUGGUCCGGUAUCAACUUCUCAUCAAAACUGUAUGCUGCAUACAAUCGUUUGGGUAGUUUAGCAGCAGAGAAUUCCGAAGAUGAAUACACCGACAGUUUGGAACAAAAUGGAGGACAAGCAGCGGAUGAGGUUACAUUACCGCUUGAUGGGCCAGAAUCACUCGAUUCGAAUAUUUCUGAUGAUAAACCGUUGAACGGGCGCAAGUUUAAGAAACUGCAGCGUCGUUGGGAGAUGCUCAGUACGAAGGAGGUGUCACCGCCAGAAAGCCCCACACAUACACCCAAAUCCAAAAUACCACGUCCGGUUAUUUCACCGAUUAAACCCUCUGGGAUUCCUGUACCUGUAUCACCAACUUACAAGGGUAUCAAGGGUGUGGCAAAGAAGGUAACUUCUCCCAACGGGGCUGCCGCAGUGAAAUCAAAACCUUUCGCACAAGCGAAAAUCAACACGAAUCUAGUCACAAGGAGUCCAGCUAAAAAGGGAAUUAACCCUAGGACGAGUAGGCUGGAUCAAGUGGAAACAACCGAAGCAAGGAACAUCACAAGGCCCAGCAGUUUGCCGUACAAACCAGCAACGGCAGUUGGCAAAAACAGCAAAAUCACACCCCCAAGACGCGCGGUUUCUACAUCAGUGAACCGAAAAUCUGCGCAGAGUCACACACCAAAGGUCGUGCGAACGUUGUCGCACCGCCUGCCAUCCGAAAGCGGGCACUUGUCAUACAACGAGGGCGAAAAACUAAAAGUGGUGCUCGAAGUGGACGAGAAAUGGCUGCUGUGCUGUCGCGGCACACAAAAAGGUCUCGUUCCGAAGGCGGCAGUGAUAGCUGCCGAUACGGGCCGCUUCUAAUCGCCGCCCCAAGUAACAACCACCCAUCGGAUACGCCAAGUGCAAGUAAGUGCGCGACGUGUGCACGUGCGCGAACAGACUGGGAAUUGUGAUUCGCUAAGUUUAGGUUGUAGGUGACGUUUCGGUAUUAUCGAUAUAGAUGAUGCAGGAAAACCAACUACAGUUAUUUAGCUCGUAAGCAUGUACAACUUACUUCAACUAAUCCAUAAGUGAGCAAACAGCAAGUAAUCGCUAACCACAUAGUAGUCCAUUGUAUUUGAGCGACUGGUGCAUUUUGCUUUUGUCGAUAAGAUACAAGGUAUGACAUUGUAAUUCGUUGUAAAAUAUUUCAAACGAGAGAGCGGUCGAUGGCGCACACGAUUUUCAACAAUUGAUUAUUUAUUCUGGGUUCGUUUCAUCACGACUUUUAUUUAUUUUACUGGUGGUGGUUUUUUCAUGCACAUUUUCAAUCGCGGGCAUUGCAAAAGCAAAACAAAAUUGAAACAAAUCACUCUUAAUCAAUCAUGUCAUAUCGCCUUCAUUCCUCAUUAACUAGUGCAAACAUCCUGGUGGUUUGUUUCAAUUUUAAUUGGAUAUUUGGUGCACUUUUUAGUAUUAUUAUGGUACAAAAACGUGAUAGCUGCUAUUAACUAACACUCACCUUAUCAUUGAUUACCAUCCGGUUAGGUUGUACAUAUCUGCAUGCUUUGAAUACUAACAUCUAUGCGGCACUUCUAUUUUAUUAUUUUGCACCGAAUAUUUGAUUCCGGUAUUUGUGUAGCGAUACCGUUGGAUUAAGUAUGUGACACGUUGAAACCACCGUUCGCACAGAGCUGGAGACUCGAUAUUCUAGUAAAUAUCGUAGUAUUCCUAAAUCAGAUUGUUUAAAACUCAAAAUUGAUCAAAGGCUCUAACAGCACUCACGUAUUUCGUUAAAAACCGUUACAAUAAUGCAGGUUAUAUUUUGUUGAAAGUUGUUAAAUGUUAAAAUCGUGUUUAUCGUGUUAAUAUCGGCAACUCUCCGUGCUUCUUGACUUAAAACAUUUAUAUUUGGACAUAAUUGUGAUAAUUUAUUCAUUUCUAUUAUGAUAUUGAUAUUAAUUGAUAUGUAAACUAAAUAUUCUAAUGUAUAUUACCUCCUAAAUCAGCCAUUUACGACACUAUUGUAACAUUUGUGUAAAACUUGUAUCAUUUCUCGAUCGACAAACUAAAAGGGCACAUGAGUUGAAAGAUUUGUGUGUGUAUUUAUGUAAAUGAGGCCUUAUUAUUAAGUUUGGUCAGCGCAAACAGAGCAAACGAGCAGAAACCUGUGGUGAAUAAUGGAAGCAGAUUUGUCUCGGCGACGGUCGACAUUAUUAGCUAAUGCAUACAAAUUUUAGAUAAUCGUACUUUUAGCCUUAUACAAUAGAUAGUAAAAACCUCUCUCUGACUGUGUGGGCUACCACGGAUUACCAGCACACAAUAUACUACUGCUUAGUUUAUUAUUUAUUGUGUACACUCGUAGUUUUGUUUGAUUAUUUCGUACUUCUGUUUGCGAUUACAGACGUAUUCUUGAGUUUUAUCAAUUGAAUCAUACAAAUACCAAUGGAACAUUAAGAUUAUGACGAAAAUGACUAAUGUUAUUAUAAAUAAAUGUGUAAAUAAUUGCUUCAAACCAUUAUUGCAUUGAUAACUAAUAAAAUGAUUAAAAAAUCA